CAGUAUUCCUGGGAUCCACCAAGACCUAAAGACUGGGACUACUUUAUCGUGGUCAUGGUCAGGGCGGAAGAAUAUAAUAUAUAAAUAAACUGAAUCUUUGAAUAGUUGGAGGGGAUAUAGUUAUAGUUAUAGUUAGGGGGGCACAGUGGCUUAGUGUUAGCACAUUUGCUUCACAUCUCCAGGGUUGGGUGUUCGAUUCCUUCCUCCACUCGGUGUGUGUGGAGUUUGCAUGUUCUCACUGUGCUUUGGGGGUUUCUUCCAGCAAAUAUAUGCGUUGUAGGCUGAUUGGCAUCUCUUAAUUGUCUGUAGAGUGUGAAUGGGAGUGUGAGCGUGUGUGGGAUCGUACCCUGCAAUGGGUUGGCACCCCAUCCAGGGAUAGACUCCAGGAUCCCUGCGUAGGAUCCCUGUGUAAGAUAAGCGGUACAGAAAAUGAGUGGCUGGAGGUUAUAAUUCGAUGUUCCUGGCUAUAAAAAGUAUGAGAACCCCUGCUGCAUUAGGUCUGUCGUAAAUAGUCUAAAAUGAAAUAAAAAUGACUUGUGGAAGUUACAUUUUUCUAAGGCUAAAAACAAUUGCCUACUUAGCAAUGGAUGUUUGGUUGACAGGCCAUGUGGGCUUUGGGCAGCUGAGACGCAAAACAAUAUUUGAAAUGGCCAAGCUUGAAUAUGUUUAUGUUUCUCGGUUAUAGUAAAGGCACACAAAAUCACUUCUCAUGCGUGGGGAUGCUCCUACCAGCAGGUGUGUAUAAUCAGGUAUGAGUGUAAAUAAGACUUGGGGGGUAAUGUGACAAAGUGAAUUGAGCUCUUUAAUUUUGUAAACAGCACUUGAUUUUUUUUUUUUCAACACUUUUUGCAAUUGGUUUUCAGUCCUAUCCCAAACGUAACCUUUUUGUCUCCAGUAAACCUUUUAUUCUGGUGAGCGUCAUGGUGAAUCCGGAGCUUAUUUGACAGGAACGCACCCUGAAUGGGGCUCCAGACCAUCACAGGACACCACACACACACACCUAGGGACAGGUCACCAAUUCACCUACUGGCAUGUUUUUUUUUUUUUUUUUUUUGGGAGAUGGGAGGAAACUGGAGAACCUGGCACAAACCCAUGCAGAGAAACUGUAACCUGAGCUCUGAACCUGUGACCCUGGUGCUGUGAAUCUGCUCCUACUGCUGUGUAAUAUAAAUAUGAAAGGGUGAAGUUGCAGAUUCACUAAAAGUACAUUUUAAUCUCAGUAGAGAAAAUGGAAAAAAAAGGAAGAAAAAAACAAAACAAACAAAAAAAAGAGACAUGUACAGUUCCUCUUUAAGCAAAAGUUUCAAACGUGGACACAACAUCAUCGAGGUGUUUAAAACGUGUUUCAGCCACAGGGAACCAAAUCCCUGUCUCAUGAAUAUGAAGUAAUUUGGGUGUUGUUUGCAAAUGACUGUGGAGAUGUUUGACAGAGCGGCGCACUGAUAGUCUGAGGAGAACACCGAGCUGCCUCUCAGAGGAGAUAUGAGGGGGAAAGUGUGUGUGUAGCUCCAGUCGGGGAGUGGGCUCUGAGACUGAGGCUUGGGUCGGUCAUAUGAGUGCGAUGCCGAACAAAACAAAAAAAGACAAGGAAUCGCCGAAGUCUGGAAAAGUCAGUAAAACUGCAGGACAAGAAAAUUCAGAUCAUGAGGGAUCCAACAGGAAGGGCAGCAAUAGUGUGCCGCCCACCACACAGCUGCUGAAGGGGAAACAGUCUGGAUCUCAGGCCCCUGUCAAAAAGGAGAAGAGGCAAAGCUCCUCUCGCUUUAGCCUCAGCAAUAACCGGGAGCUCCAGAAACUUCCUGCCUUCAAAGAUGUGCCCCCAGCGGAGCAGGAGAACCUGUUUGUGCAGAAGCUUCGCCAGUGCUGUGUGCUCUUCGACUUUGUAUCCGACCCACUGAGUGACCUGAAAUGGAAGGAGGUGAAGCGGGCGGCGCUCAGUGAGAUGGUGGAAUACAUCACGCACAACAGGAAUGUCAUCACUGAACCCAUCUACCCGGAGGUGGUGCACAUGUUUGCAAUCAACAUGUUCAGGACAUUACCGCCCUCAUCCAACCCGACAGGGGCAGAAUUUGACCCAGAGGAGGAUGAGCCCACGUUAGAGGCUGCCUGGCCACACCUGCAGCUCGUCUAUGAAUUCUUCCUUCGGUUUUUAGAGUCUCCAGACUUCCAACCAAACAUAGCCAAAAAGUACAUCGACCAGAGAUUUGUCAUGCAGCUCUUAGAACUCUUUGACAGUGAAGACCCCAGAGAAAGAGACUUCUUGAAAACCACUCUGCAUCGCAUUUAUGGCAAAUUCCUAGGCCUCCGGGCCUACAUCAGGAAGCAGAUUAAUAACAUAUUCUAUAGGUUCAUCUAUGAAACAGAGCACCAUAAUGGAAUAGCAGAGUUACUUGAAAUAUUAGGAAGCAUAAUCAAUGGGUUUGCCUUACCACUGAAAGAAGAGCACAAGAUAUUCUUGUUGAAAGUUUUGUUGCCUUUGCAUAAAGUCAAGUCUCUCAGUGUUUACCACCCGCAGCUGGCGUACUGUGUGGUACAGUUCUUAGAGAAGGACAGCACUCUCACUGAGCCGGUGGUCAUGGCUCUUCUGAAGUACUGGCCGAAGACCCACAGCCCAAAGGAGGUGAUGUUCCUCAAUGAGCUUGAGGAGAUCCUGGAUGUAAUCGAGCCCUCCGAGUUUGUCAAAGUUAUGGAGCCUCUCUUCAGGCAGCUGGCGAAAUGUGUCUCCAGUCCACACUUUCAGGUUGCAGAGCGGGCCCUGUAUUACUGGAACAACGAGUACAUCAUGAGUCUGAUCAGUGACAAUGCAGCCAGAAUCCUGCCCAUCAUGUUUCCAUCUCUUUACCGCAACUCCAAAACCCACUGGAACAAGACAAUCCAUGGUUUGAUCUACAACGCUUUAAAGCUCUUUAUGGAGAUGAAUCAGAAACUCUUCGAUGACUGCACACAGCAGUUCAGAGCAGAGAAAAACAAAGAGAAGCUAAAGUGGAAAGAGCGCGAGGAAGCCUGGAUAAAGAUAGAAAACCUUGCCAAGUCAAACCCCCAGUUCCUCUUGUAUAUUGACUCGACCAGCUUGAGUAGCCCAAUGGAGAUCGAAACAGACGGCAUAGGAAUGGAUGAUGUCGCACUGCUCAAAAAGACAGUAGAAGAAGAAGCUACGCAGAUUCAGAGGGAGCAGCGGAAAGAGCGACCGUUAAUGCGUCGCAAAUCGGAGCUUCCUCAUGACAUGUCCACAGUAAAGGCUCUGGAAACUCACCGACGUGCAGAGGACAUGAUAACCACCCGUGAUGGCCACUAAAGGAGCAGAGCAGCUCAGAGGCCGAGAACAGCACGCCCAGUGCACAGCAGCAGAGGCAGCAGCACAGGAUGGCCUGGUGUGACCCGGAAACCUGGACACACUUUUAGCUCUGCUCCUAUAUAGAGCCACAGUGACCCUCUCUCGGCCAGUGCCCCUACGCUGGAGUUUUUAUUUUUAGACCUUCUCAGGUGUACUGUUUUGUUUUUGUGUGGUCCCCCCCCCUUCCCCCCACAAAUCUCUCCCUUUCUUGUCACAUGCAUCUGCACUGACUUCCCCCUCCUCAUCACUUACCAUUGUCAUUAAAAUAGUAGGUGCUAGGGUCAUUUUCAGCACAGGAGCACUUGCGGUGCGACUGCUGACCAUUGUGUUUUAAUUGAGCAAAAGCCUCUCGCCCCACAUGAAGACGGGAGAGUGCGGAUUUUGGGUGAAAAUGUGUAUACAUCUCUAACCUUUUGUUUUUCCUCAAUGCUAGGACAUAGCUGCUAUUGCCUCCAGCUUUGUGCCUCAGACUGGUAGUUCAUGUCCGUUUAUGUGUGAUUUGUUUGUUUUAUGUGUUCUCUGGUCCAGCAAUGGGGACUGUCAGCCAAGUGUCACUGUUUGUUUGGCAAAAGGAGCAGAUUUAUGGUAUAUAUUUUAAUUUUAAAAUAAGCUUGCCAGACUUUUGGAAGCUCCUAACCUUUAUGAAUAUCUAAAGGAAAAUAUUCCUCUGUAGAAAUUAGGUCUUGUGCCAAUUUAUUUUGUUGUAAUAUAUUUUUUAGAUGCUAUUCAGUACACCUGGCUAUAAGUUCACCCAGACUGUGUGGAUGUUCAAACAAUGGUAAAUGAUUUGAUGCUUUUGCGUCCAUGUUUCAUCGACCGUGAUGGCUGUUUCAAGGAGUUACUUUUGGUGGAAGAACUGCCUGGAGCUGCCCUCAUGGUGAGAAUGCACCUAGGACUUCAUUCCAAACAGCAGUCUAUUUUGGAUGGUUUUUAGCAUUAUCCGUUUCCUUAGGCCGAGAUUAAAGGGGUCUCGUGACGUCCUUUUAGAGUUUACUCUAACGGACUUUGAACAAGCUGUGCGCGUUUCUUGUUUAGUUCGUAUCCGCUGACUGGUCGUUUAUGGAUAUGUAGACGCACCAGUUUGUCACAACAAAAAGUAAAACAAAGCCUUUAAAUCGAGUGCCUUUUAGUUGGUAGACAACGUUGGCGAAAUGCUGAAAGUUUGACAGUGCUGUAAGCUUAUGUAAGAUCUAAAAGCCACAAAGUGUUCUAAUUUACAACCAAUACGCUGUUACAGAAAUACCUCCAGAUUAGAUGAUGGAGAAGAUGAUGGUCAUAUCCAGUGACCUUUGAUUAAAAACAUGCACUGUGGGUUUAAUUAGACGGCUUAUCAAACGGCUGAAGGAGUCACCGUGUGACUCGGGAUGGUGGAGUAACCUAAUGAACAAUAGAGAUUAGGCCACAUUUACCUAGUAUGGUCCAUAUUGUGUCCAAAGAGGACAAAAGGCUUUGGUGUGGUUUAUUUUUUUGUUUUUUUGUAAUUUCAUCUCUUUUGUUAGGUUAAAGACCUGGGCCAUUGUUUGAACUUCCAUUAUGUGCUGAAGAGAGGCUCAUAACAUUCUGGGGGUCUUGUAUAUCUUUGGGAAUUGUUCAAAAUGAUUGAAAGUAUUUUUUUUUGUUUGUUUGUUCUUUUUGCUUGCAUUAGCUUGUUCGAUUUGAAUGUGCAAGUUUGUAUAUAGGACUACAGUGAUCAGUCUUUUUAAUUGUCAAAGAAUAGCAGUCACCAAUAAUUUGUUCCAAACUUCAGCUGUUUCUAAAGGCCAAUGCAUUUCUUUUCUUUUCUUUUUUUCUUUUUCUUUUCCACUAUCCAUAUACUAGUGCUCUACAAGGAGUAAGUAGUGCAUUAGAGCACUGCUACAGUGUGUGUCAUCCUUUCCUCUGCAAACCGGAGCUUGUUUUCAGCAUUAAACGGCUUUAAAUGAA